AUGGAAGGUGCAUACAGGGAUAAAUAUACUUUUAUUGGAGAGUGGUAUGAUAAUCAAGCUAGCCUCGUUCGCCGGUUUAAUGUUUUUUACUAUCCCACUGAUGACACAAUUGAAAUGUAUGAUAUAAAAAAUCGAAAAACUUUUUUGCGAAGAGUCAAAGUUAAUGGAGUUACCCUGGACAACUUUUUUAUUGGAUCCACACUGCAAAUUUUAGGAAGACUAAUAAAAAUUGUAGAUUUUGCUUGUGAAGCCACAAGAAUGCAAUUACACAAGGAUAUGCAAAUAACUUUUGCUAUGAUUAAACCCAUGCCAGUAAAAACAGCUGGAAAGAUUUUAACACAUUUUUUUGAGCAAGGUCUCAAAAUAACUAAGAUGAAAAAGACUUCACUUACAGCCGAAGACAUCAAUUUUAUAUAUCGAAAACAGUUAUCUGAUCCAACAUUUCCAUUUCUUCUUGAUUAUCUGACUGGACAACAAGUUUUUGGAUUAGAGUUAGUAGGUAAAGACUCUGUGUCUGCAUGUGUGAAAAUACUGGGAGAUAAGGAUCCCAUAAAGGCUGAACCUGGAAGUAUUCGUGCUUUAUAUGGUACAGAUCCUGUUAGGAAUUGUGCUCAUGUUUCACCAAACCUCGAAGCUGCAAUAGAGGAUAUUGAAUAUUUUUUCCCUCCCCCUCCAAUAAAAUCAAUACGACUUAGAUUAACAGCAACUUUGUCAAACUGCACAUUGUGUAUAGUGAAGCCCCAUGCAAUUAGAGAAGGGAAACUGGGAGCGGCAUUGGAAGCUAUUGAUGAAGGAGGAUUUGAUGUUACUGCAUUGAAUAUGUUUAUGGUGGAAAAUAUAAAUGCUGCAGAAUUCUAUGAAGUAUAUAAGGGCAUAGUCCAAGAAUAUAAGGGUAUGGUUGAAGAGCUGGCAAGUGGACCCUGUGUUGCUAUGGAGAUAGUUGCAAAAGAUAAAAAUAUAAAUACUGCCAUAGAAUUUCGAAAAUUAGUUGGCCCAUCAGAUCCAGAAAUCGCAAGAUUAUUACGUCCCCAUACAUUAAGAGCUAAACUAGGAAAGACAAAAGUGCAGAAUGCAAUACAUUGCAGUGAUUUAGCUGAAGAUGGUUUACUGGAAGUGGAAUAUUUCUUUAAAAUAUUGGAUCUA